GCUUCUACCGACUGAUAGCUUUUUACAUUAUCAGUAAAUUUGAGAAUUGUGGAGUGUUUAAUAAUUUUUCAUCUAAGCCUAGUGAAUUUAAGUGUAUUAAUUAAAUAUGUCAUACCCUAAAUGUAUACAUAAAUAUUUAAGUUUCAAUCCAAGCUCAAAUUUUGACGCAACAAAUAUACCUGCAUCUUUCCAGAAGGGGUAACUUCUCUCUUCAAAUUAAAUGUUUUAUCCAUUCAGUAGAGGAAAAAUCAGAAGAAAAUGUACUACCAGUAUGUCUUAUUCUUAGCAUGGAUCGCUUACAUGCUGAUAUGCAGUAUACUGCUAUUUACAAGGGGAUUUUUGCUGAACCGUCAGGUGCUGCCCAGCAAGUCGUCUUGUGCUCCUGUGGAGCCCUCGUGUUCGAAUCGUUUUGCGGAAUGUCUCAGUUCUCCUCUUGCCAAGAGCACAGGGGCCAUGGAGCAAAAGUGCCUUCUUGAAGAUCGGAAAGCUAUAAUUAUCCUCAUUGAUGCAUUGCGCUUUGAUUUCCUUGCUCCUCAACCGCACCUGAAUCAAACAUUUCACAACCAUAUACCUGUCGUUGGUAAGCUUCUAGUAGAGAAACCAGACAAUGCUCGGCUCUUUGAGUUUAUUGCAGAUCCGCCUACAACAACCAUGCAGAGACUAAAAGGUCUAACAACAGGAAGCCUGCCUACAUUCAUUGACAUCAGCUCAAAUUUUGCCAGUGCUGAAAUUGAUGAGGACAAUAUCAUCGACCAACUUGUCACAUCUCAGAAACCAGUCAUUUUCAUGGGGGAUGACACAUGGAUCAAUGCCUUUCCCAAUAGAUUUCAUCGGCAGCGCCCUUUUCCGUCGUUUAACGUCUGGGACCUAGACUCAGUUGAUACUGGUAUAAGAACGCAUCUCGUACCUGAAAUGAAAAACUCAGAUUGGAGGCUAUUAAUCGCUCAUUUUGUUGGCGUUGAUCACUGCGGACACCGCUAUGGCCCAUACCAUCCUGAAAUGGUUCGCAAGUUAACAGAAAUGAACAGUGUCAUUGAAGAAACAAUUCAAGCAAUGGACAAUAACACAGUACUGUUCGUCUUGGGAGAUCAUGGAAUGACUGCAACUGGUGACCAUGGAGGUGACAGUGAUGGAGAAGUAAAAUCAGCUAUGUUUGUAUACUCACCAAAGACACCCCUGAUGAAAACUUCUAAGAUCAGCCGAACUUCUAUCAAGCAAAUUGACCUCGUACCAACACUAGCAGCUAUAUUCGGAGUUCCUAUUCCAUUCUCGAACCUUGGCUCGGUAGUCUUUGAGUCUUUACCUAUCCCCAAACAGCCCGAGUCGCUUAAUUUCUUCAAACUGUUUCACAGCUGGAACAAUGUUAAACAAGUUACCACCUACAUUAAAGCUUACGCAAAAAACAGCAAGUUCUCCGCUCAAAAAUUUGAUACUCUUGAAAUUAGUUUUGAAAAAAUACAAGAUAAAAUAAUUCAUCUAGACCUAUUUAACAGCGUUGAAAUUAAUAGCAUUCUUCAUGAGAGUCAGAUGUAUUUAGAGGUGAUCGGUCAAAUGUGCAGGGAGUUAUGGGUUCAGUUUGAUGCAAACUCGAUGUCUCGUGGUCUGGUUCUUACAUUCCUCACCCUUUCAUUUGCAUUAUUUGUCACGGAAGGACUAAGUUUUGAUAAAUUUACCCAAGUUUUCACCUUUGGCUUCUUUAUGACAAGAUUGGGUCUAGUUUUUGUGUCUGUUUUGUCCCUCAUUGCUCUAAAACAUGCAAAUCUGCUGGACAUCCCCAAUGUUGAACUGGCAGUGUAUUUUGUGUCUACAACGCUAUCCAUUCUAUUGUUAGCUAUGGUUAUUGUCCAGAAUUGGGUUGAAAUCUGUCAAACUUGGUACAAGAGUAAGAGAAACAUGAUGCACAUUUGUUAUCGGUUCAUUUUCAUUCUCAGUAGUUUGACCAUGUUUUCAAAUAGUUUUGUGGUCGAAGAGUAUUCGAUAAUAUUGUUUUUAUCUUUAUCCCUCCUCUCCUUAUUUCUGUGGGAGAACCGCAACAAAUUCACUUCAAUCUUCGAGUCGAGCAAGAAGCCUCGACCAUUUGUUUCAAGUCCAUUGUUCAAAAGUCUGAUGCUCCUAAUAGGUAUAUCUAUUGUUUUAAGAUUAGGUUUCAAUUUCAAUAAGUGCCGCGAAGAGCAAGGAUGGUGUCUGGCCGGUAUUGAGAACGCGGCAUCCAAAGACAGCUUGUUCUUUUCAAAGACCACACAAUGUGUGAUCUCUAUCGUCUCCCUUGUUAUUUUUAUUGUAAUAGUCCGUAACUAUUUGAAGAUGUUUGGAAAUUUUACAGGAUUCUCACCAACGGUGCUUUUAUCUCAGUACCUUCCCACAAUUAUUGUUAUUUGUCUGAGUGGCUAUUGGCUGUCCGAAUCCACUCCUCUUGCAAAACGGAGGAAACUCGUCCCGCCCUGGCACCUUCUCAUGUUGCCGCGGAUAGUGUUCUCUUUGUUGGGCUUGUAUCUAGUCGUUCUGUUCUUUCAUCCCACCAGUAUUCAUUACCUAAAAAAUCGGACGAAUUUGUCACUUAACAGUCCGAUUCCUCACUUGUUUCAAGAGCUUAAAAAUUUAAUGAAAUCUGAUGUGACCAAUCACGCUGACAGUAAUCCUAUUAUUUUUGGUCUCGCCACUGUGUAUAGUUCUUCCUUUAUCAAUUUCUCUUCCAUUCUCUGCUUACUGUCAGCAAUUCUGUUAGGUUUUACAUACAGUGUUCCUGCCAUUUUCAUGGUCUCUUCAUUGAUCCUCUUUGCUUUUUUCUCAGCUAUCAUACGCAACUCACGGAAAUUAGUUAGCCUGCAACUUUUCAAUGUUGGGUGGCCGUAUGUCAUUUUUUGGGGACUCUCCUCAAUAUUUUGGUUUUAUGGAACCGGACACCAGGCAACAUUUCCCAGUAUUAAUUGGAAUGCAGCUUUUAUUGGCAUUAGUUCCUUAGAUGGCAUUUACAUCUACCUCUCAGCAUUACUGGUCACUGGGAAUACCUUCAUAUCUUACAUUGUACAUGCUGCUCUCUUGCCGUUAUUACUCAUAAUUCCAUUCACACUAGAGGUCACUUUUCCAAGCGCCUUAAGUUCGAAUGAUGGCACCAACUCAUCGAUCAGGAAAGGAGAUGUUACUUUAUUUGAAAAUGAACCAGUUUUGUAUCACUCGGUUUUUAGCUUAUGCUGCAAGUACAUGAUUUUCCAUGGUUUUCGGGUCUUCAUGAGUAUGUUCGCUGCGGUGAUACACAGUCGGCAUUUGAUGGUGUGGAAGAUCUUUGCACCAAAAUUCAUGUUUGAAGGACUCUCUUUCAUCUUCUUCACCAUCCCUUCACUUUUUGUAGGGUUUUUUCUAGUCAUCAGGAUUACCAACAAAAUUGAACAGAUUUUAAAGCAGAUUGAUUCUGGCUGACAUGCAAUUUUCUUUUACUUGCUUAGUGUUGUUUUUGUUAAAUUUGUUAAUACUUGUA